AUGCCUCUCUACGCAGCGGUCUCGCCGACGUUUGCCACGCAGGAGGGUUCGCUGGACGAGCUGGUGAACUCGACGUUCUAUGCUGAGUCCAUGAUCAAAGGCACUGGAACGGGCGUCACCAAGCACGCGACGACCCUCGGCCGCUUCGAAAAGGUCUUCGUCUUCAUGGUAGACCCCAAUUCUUCGCGCGGAGCUUCGCUCUACAGCUUCUUCAUUGCAUGUGCAGCCUUCACCAGUUGCUUUAUCCUAUUCCUGCAAACGCUGGACGGUCCGAACCACCACAGCUCCGAGCCUGAGUACCCGAAACUUCCCAACGAGAGCGGCUACUAUGACGCAGAUCUGGUAUUUACCAUCAUUUUCACCCCGGAACUACUCGUUCGCCUCGUCAUCUGGCCAUCCUUGUGGCGCGAACAUGAAUACCUCACCGAGCGACGUCUGAAGCCAUUUCUGCGUGACUUUUUCAACUGGUUCGAUGUCGCUGCCAUCGUCCCAUUCUACACCGACCUCAUAUUCGGUAAGGAGAAGAGCUUCGUCAUCAUGCGGCUAUGUCGACUGCUUCGAAUCUUCAAACUGGCCCGCAAUCACUCCGGAACAUACAUUCUGCUGCGAGCUAUCCGCGCCAGUGUCGCCCCCAUUUCCGUGGCUCUGAUUUUCUUCACGGAAAUUGUGCUCUUCUUCUCUGUUGUCAUGUACAUGGUGGAUCCGAGUUACGACCGCAAUAAACCAGGCUUCUCGGAUCUACUAACCACGGGCUACUUUGUAGUGGUCACUGUGGCCACCAUCGGAUACGGAGACAUCACUCCGACGAAAGGCAACGUGGCAAGCCGCUGUUUCGCUGUCAUGAUUAUCAUGUCUGGUACGCUCUUCUUGUCCAUGCCUCUCGCUAUUAUCGGAACAGAGUUCGAUCGCGCUUGGAAGCAGCACGCAGAGAGUGUCAAGAAGUUCCAGCAACUUCAAGCAGGAACCCACGUAGCUACCCCCGUUAACAUCGAUCUAGCAGCCGCCACAGGGGACAAUCGGGCUCACCAGAAACACGAAAUCCUCGUCAAGUACAAUGCACCCAAUAGACUUUACUUACGACUAGCAGCGCUUACGGGCGAGGCGUCUCUCAUCACGCAGGCACUUGUGACCGAAGCUACGUCCCAGGAGUUCAAUUUAGGUCACCUCCGUGACAUUACUGGUGAUCUGAAGCAAACCACUGAGUUGUGUUUCCUCAAGUGUGAGGAACUGGCGGUAAUGGUCCGUGAUAUGAUCGUGGCUGAGUCUCAGGAGGUCGCUGCGCCACCCACAUGGCGAGAAUGGGCAUGCACUACCAUUCUGGAGCCAGAGUCCUCAUUCCUGGCUCGUGCGAUCUCCCGAUGGGUCAAGUUCUGCCUCAUAUUCAGUAUGAUCAUCGUCGUGUUCCAAACCAUGCCAGAUCUACAGACGUAUGGCGAACAGACAUACUUAUGCGAGCGCAGGGUUCAGCGUUACUGUGAGAAUGUGCUGGAUAUCAGUAGCGAUGGCAAUGAUCCUGGCUGUUUUUCCGUUGAUAAUUCCAGCGCUAGACUUCGCUUUGGUUGCUCGGAGACCGAGAAACUCGAAGAUUCAACUUGCUACGGAUAUCCAGGAAACUUUGGCAGUAGCACAGUGGAUGACAGACUCUCGUGUGACGGAUCAGAUAAGGUGCUUCUGUACACUCUGAACCUGAACAAGUCUUCGUACCGAGACCAGAUUGAUCGCAUUUUACCUUUUCGACAAGAUAACAACCUCAUCAAACAGGAUAGACGUCUGAGCGUGUGCAAAAAGUGGGAAUGCGACAACCUGCACGUGACAUUCUUUGAGUUUGGCAAUGGCUAUGUGGCGAUGGAGUACAUUUUCACUCUCACGUACCUGUUCGAGUUCGCGGCCGCUCUGUUCGUGUGUGAAAGCUACCGUACCUAUUUCAAAAACCCUCUCGUGUUCAUCGAGAUGGCGUCUUUCUUUCCAUUCUUCGUGUUUGAAGGUCGUCGCUUCUUCGGCGGCGUCACGCCCAUAUACGUCAUUCCUCCAGCCUCUCAAGAAUUCCUUACCUUCCUGCGUCUGCUUCGCUUGUCCCGUAUCUUCAAAAUCCAACAGAGUAUUCCUGUUACAAAGGUGCUAUGGGAAUCGAUUUCGAAGACGUCCGCAAGACUUACGAUCCCGUACUUUAUGCUUAUGGUCGUGACUACCAUUCUGUCUUUCAUCAUGUUCGAGCUUGAGAAGGGUCAGGAGUGUUUCUACGGCCAAGAAUGUAUCAUUGGAGAGCACAACAUGACGUUCCCGGCUGAACUUGAGGGUUCGUUGCCUGGUAAACGCUUUCUUGUGAAUUUCAAAGGGGAAAUCUCGAGCUUCGACGACUUCUUUUCAGCUUUCUGGUUUGUUAUCGUAACUUUGGCAACUGUCGGCUACGGUGACAUGGAGCCUGUGACGAGCUCGGGAAAACUUGUGGCUGUUGUCGCUAUGAUUUUCGGAGCCUGCUACACGGCCAUGCCUCUUACUUUGGUCGGAUCUCAAUUUAACAAGAGUUAUCUCGAGUAUAAGCGACGUGAGGCGCUUCUGAGAACUAAACAGGAGGUUGGCAAGCCUUAUGUCGUGCAACCAGGCGAACUUCAGCGGUGGGAAAACUUUGCGCGCAACGAAUCCUUCAGUCAGAUGCUGCAAUUAUUACGUGAUCGCCUCGAACCUUUGCUGGAUUCAAUUGAAAAGAGCGAGGUUGACAUCAUCGACGAUGACCACAAAACUGAUAUAUCUAAUAUUUCCACAGAGUUAAAGCGCGUCGUCUUUGUCGAGCGGUUUUGA